AUGGAAGAAAAAAAAAAAAAAGGGAAAAAAACGGAGAAGUCAAAAAUUGAGCUUCUAUUUGUUGACUUAUGCCACGUGAAUAAAGAGAAAAGGGACACGGGAAUAAAGGCCCUGACUGAUUAUAUAAAAAAAAAAAAGGUACCCCUGGAUGGGCAACAUUUGGCCUACAUUUGCAAAGGGCUUUUUUACUAUUACUGGCUAUGUUACUCAUUGGAAGAGCAAAAAACAGCGGCUUGCAAAAUAAGCAAAAUAUUAAGAAACAUUGAUGAGGUGGAUGACAGUGAGGAGAAAAAAAGCGUCUUCCUAUUUUUGCAAAGCUUUUUAAUGGUCAUGUCUAGUAAGUAUGAUUCUCUGGACCUUUACCGCCUGAACAAGUUUUUAUUUCUCUUCAGAGUUUUCCAGGCAGAGUUCCUCCUCUUCCUACACCGGCACUCAUGGCGGAGUUACUACAUCAGGAGGUAUAAUCAAAUAAUGGUGCGCAUGUUUGACGAUACAAAUGACGUUUACUACAAUCACAUUGAUACCUUUUUUAAAGAAUUUUUUGGAAACCAAUUUUAUUUAAAGGCUAAGGAUCAAAAUGAAAAGGUUCACAUAAAGAACUUUCUCCUGCUGAUGGAUUUUUUCUUUAAAAUUAUUUGCAAGACGGAAAAGAAACACAUAAUCGAUGUGAUUAGGAAUAAAAUAUUCUCCGUCAUUUUGAAGUUAAAUGUAGGGAAGAGCCUGCUGGAGAAGAGAGUCCGCAGGUACCUUAGCAAGUGUAAAAAUUCCUAUGCUGCGAAAACCCUCAGGGGGUUUUACAACUCCCUUGUUGCGGGCGGCGCGCAGAAGGGGGGGGACAGCCAGGCGGGGAACGAGGCGGGCAGAACGGCUGGCAAAAAGGCUGCAUCGCAAAAGACCCCCAUUUUUGUGGAAAACUUCGAGGCCCCGGGGGAGCACAAUGGUUCCGCCCCCGCGUCUGACUCAGUCCCCGCUUCUAACUCCGUCCCCGCGUCCGACUCUAUCCCCGCUUCUGACUCUGCCCCGUCCACGGAGGAACAGCAGAUCUCUCGAAAUAAAGGAGGCUCCGAUUUGACCCCCCCUGGGGAUGGCGCAGCGGGUGGAGAGAAACAGUUGGACGGUGCGCUUAGCUCCAAAAAGAGGUCCAAGGGGGACCGUGCGUCGAACGAGUUCAGCCGCCUGAGGUCGAUCAUCGAGGAGGGGGAGGACCUGGGCAGCGACGUUGGAAGUGAUUUCGGAAGCGACAUGGGAAGUGAUAUCGGAAGUGAUAUAGGAAGCGAUAUAGGAAGUCACAUGGGGCUUGACCUGAAUGGCGACUCGGGGAGGGGGAAGAAGAAGGCCCCGAAGCGAACGGGAGAAGAGAAGGAUACCCCCGACGGUAAAAAAAAGAAGAAAAAGAAAAAAAAAUCCAGCUUGCAGGAAGGGAUGAGCACGGAGGACAAUUUGGCGGGCCAAGUGGAGCCGUCCUCCAAGAAGCACCAAAAAGAAAUGGAAAAAAAAAAAAAAAAAAAACAGAACCAAGCCGACUGCGAUGGUAAUAACAAACGCGAGGACGAUGGUAGAAGCAUAGGCGAGUGCGAUGGUAGAAACAAAGGCGAGUGCGAUGGUAGAAGCAAAGGCCAAUGCAGCAACGGAGUAGGAGGCAGUACACACGAGGGCAAACGCGCAAGCAGCUCGAGCGACGGGGAGGCCGAACACAAACUCAGCAUCAUAGACUUUAUCCACAAAAGCAAGCGAGGCUUUUCGGGGAGCAUUAUUAUCGAAAACAAGGGGAAGACGGAUUUGCCCAUCUACUCCAUUGACAAGUCGGAUCUGCGGGGCGGGUGCAUUCAGAAGAGGAAGCUAAAAGUGAACAAGCUGCUGAAGAAGAAAAACGGCGUCGGCUCCGCGGGGAGCGGUGGCAGUGGCGGGAGCGGCAGCAGUAGCGGCGGUCGAAUUUGCCAAGCACACGAGUGCUACACCCUGCUGGCGGACGACGACGAGGGGGAGGAUCUUUGUCUACGACUCGGAGAUGCGGACGGGGGCGAUGCCGCUGCAGAGGGGGAUCUCAAAAAUGUGUACAUAGGAAUGGCAAAAAAGAAAGUAAUAAAGACCAAGGGGGAGAAGGCGAAAAAGGGGAAACAAAUGGGGAAAUUGGCCGAGCAGGGAAAGGUGACGAAGCUGGCCAAGCAGGGAAAAGUGAUGAAGCUGGCCAAGCAGGGAAAAGUGAUCAGUCUGGCCAAACCGGGAAAAGUGAUCAGUCUGGCGAAGCAAGGCAAAAUGGUGAGGCUGGCGAAACAGAGCAAGUUGGCCAAGCUGGCGAAGCAAAAUAAAAUGGCAAAACUGGCGAAGCAAAAUAAAAUGGCAAAACUGGCGAAGCAAAACAGAAAGUCAAAAUUGGAAAAAACAAUUCCUGUGAUGAUAGGCCAAGGAGGCGAAGACAAAAGCAAAAGCGCACUCAGCAACGGCGUAGCCACCGAUGCGAAAGAGCAAAACGGGGAAAAGAGAAAAAAUGGCACGGUCAAGAAAACCAUUUUGAAAAAAGGAAAAACCAAGUCACACGUAACAAAAAAAGUUCAUUUCAACCUGAACAAAAAUACCAUCGAGUACAUCCCGCGCAUAAAGAAGAAAAACGUCAACUCGUAUUUCUUUCUCGACAAUUUUCGCAACUUGAUUAACGUCCCCGCGUUUUUGUAG